AAUGGCUUCUUUGUUCUCUCCCAGAGGCGACCCUUCUGCUCUAGUUGGAAUUACACUUUCAACACUGGGAUUUCUCGUUUUCGUUUCGCGUGUUUUGCUGAAGACGCGCUCAACCCAAGCCACUCAAGCCACUAGCGCCGUCGGCACGGAGCCAGAAGCGAAAGAAGAGGCUUCCAACGACAAACAGCCUGACAUUCCUCUGGCUGGAGAAACAUCUAGUAAACAUCCGGAGACAGACGCGGAGAUUUCGACAUCCACUUCGGAAGACGAAGAACCUACCGCGCCAACAUCACUAACUGAGCCCGACACGAGUUCCGCGUUCGAUGAAACAAAACAGGACUCUAGCGCGCUAUCCUCAGUUCCCAAAGACCAAGUUGGCCUUUUGGUGACAACAGAACUUGAGCAGGCUGUGAAGGAAUGCAAGCAGAAGGUGGAGAGGAUCGCGAGGGAAUGCCGGGCCGCGAACAGAAAGUUCAGGGACAUCGAAUUCGACCUGGAGAACGAUACCCUUUUCACCCACGAUGGCCUCUGGAGUUCCGAGUUGCAAAUACCACCGGGUGUGCGUCGUGUUUCGGAGAUCUUCGAAAACCCGCAGUUCUUCGUGGACGGAGCGAGUUCGAGUGACAUUGUGCAGGGAAAGUUGGGCGAUUGUUGGUUCCUGUCCGCUUUGUCGACUGUGGCAACGUCCCCGGGGGUGAUCGAGAAAUGUUGUGUUGCGAGAGACGAAGAUGUCGGUGUUUAUGGUUUCGUUUUCUUUCGAGAUAGUUACUGGGUCAACGUCGUCAUCGAUGGUCAACUAUUCUGGUCCCUUCCGAAGUUCGAAGAACUCAGCGUGCAAGAACAAGAGCUCUACCACGACGAUAAAGAGAUGUACAAAAAGAUGGCACGUAAUGCGAACAAAGGAUUACCGUUUGCCAAAUCUGCCACACCCGGAGAGACGUGGGUGCCGCUCAUAGAGAAAGCGUACGCGAAGCUGCAUGGAGAUUACCAUUCUCUUCAUGGAGGGAGAGAGUCGGAGGCCGUUGAGGAUCUUACUGGAGGUGUUUCUAUCAUGUUGAAGACAGCGGACAUCCUCGAUACCGACCGCUUCUGGCAAGAAGAGCUUGUCCACGCCAACACCACCGCACGGCUCUUCAGCGUCUCCUUCGCCACUCUCGACACCUCUCGCUUGACCGACCCGGAAGACUUCAGCGAACGUAACCAGACUGUGCUCGGGCUGUACGGCGGACACGCAUAUGCGGUAUUGCGCGUGAAGGAAUGCAAGGGGAAGCGGUUCAUCGUCCUCCGGAACCCGUGGGGCUGGGCCGAGUGGACGGGCGCGUGGUCGGAUGGGUCGAAGGAGUGGCAGGGCGAGUGGUUGGAGGUGCUGAAGGAGCUAGACCAUGCACUUGGAGACGAUGGGGAGUUUGUUAUGGAAGAUUCUGAUUUCUUGAAGACUUGGUCGUUGAUCCAAAGAACGAUAAUCUUUAACUCGAGCUGGGUGAUGUCCUCUCACUGGCUGCGACUGGCUCCUCGACCGGAUCUUCAUCCGUGGACAUUUGGUGAUGUGUUUGUCAAUUUCACACUCCCAAUCGCGUCUGAAGCGAUGAUCGUCCUCUCUCAGCUCGACGGUCGUUUCUUCCGAGGCGUCAGUGAAAUGUCACUCUGGAGUCUCGAUUUUGUGGUCUGCAAGCGUGGCAAGAAGGAUAUCAGGGGCGAGUCGUACGCGGGAACCCUGUAUCAGAGGAGUGUCUCUUGUGAACUUGACCUCGAUGCUGGGGAAUAUGUCGUCUUGGACUACUUCGACGAUAGGGUGAAGCUAUGGGAUAAACGGAAACUUGCGAGGGUGUUGACCGAAAGAACAAAAUCAAGAUCUAUCGCCUCUGACUAUGAUACCAACUCUCAGGAAAUUUUUAUCCCCAAACAUCUGCCCGCCGCUAUCCAUGAAGACUUUCCUCACAGCGAAAGCGAAAGCGACAGCCACGAGCAAGAGCAAGAGUCAAAGGGUUCAAAAAAAGAUCCAAAUGGACCUGGAACGUUUGCAAUGACGACCACAACGACGACUACCACAACUACUAGUACUAUCGUUGUGGUUGAGAAAAAGAAAGCAUCAGGAUCCACUAAAGAGCGCCCGUCCUCCGAGAAGACCGGCACUUUGACAAGUCAGCUUCCCUCGGCCACCCCAAUGCCGAGGUCAUCGAGGGACGACGAGCCAACUUCAGAUUGGCCAUCGACGAACGCGGAAUACGAGUACAUGAAUGGGUAUUACCUCUACCUCGAUGAGGCAGGCAACCCUGUCAGCGAACCAGUGCCCACAUUGCUCGCCCGGCCAGUCGCGAAGGAAGAUCGGCCUGGCGCUGUAGAUGGCUUGGGCACUGGGAAGAAAGUGAAUGAAGUGACGGGAGAAGAUGAAAAUGAGCAUCCUUUAUUCUUAGGGUUGAGGGUGUACACAAAAAAGGAGGCUGUGGUUCUGGUCAGGGGGCGCUUGAAGGACUG